GAUCACUGUGGAUAGAGAUCAGUCUUUAGGAGCAGGAGUGAGUGUGUGUGUGAGUGUGUGUGUGUGGCUGGCGGGAGGCUGAACUGCAGAGGAGAUGCUGCUGAAUGCCCCUGAAUUCCUCUAAUGAAGCUGCUGUAGAUGCUGCUGAUGCUGAGGCUGCGCUGUGUAUGAAUGUGUGUGUGUUGAGUAUGAAAGAGAGAGAGAGAGAAAGAGAGAGAGAGAGAGAGAGAGAGAGAGAGAGUGUGUGAGUGACUGAGGGGUUGAUAUAGAGGACUGUACCUCGUCCCGACUGCUGCUGCUGCUGCUGAAAUAUUAACUCUGGAUCUGAGGGCGCAGCUCCAUGCUGCUGCUUCAGGAGUGGAAAGAGUCCAGCAGGCGGUCAGGCUGAGCCGCCCCAGAGGACCAGCCUGACCUGACUGCUGCUGUUUCACUGGAGCUGCAGCCAGAGCCGGAGGUCCGCCGUCGGAUGGAGGUCACCGGAGCGGACCCCCGGACCCUGGAGGAGGGCUCGGAGGGAGAGGGGACACCCGAGAGCCUGAAGAAUGAGGACGGGGUGCUGCAGUACUCUGGAGAGUGCGAUCAGUAUGGGGAGAAGAUGCCCUUCCACCAUGUGACGGCAGGGCUGCUCUAUAAGGGGAACUACCUGAGUCGCUCUUUAUCAGAGCGCAGCGACAGUGACCAGCUCGCUAACAUCUCAGUGGAGGAACUGGAUGAAAUCCGCGAGGCCUUCAGGGUUCUGGAUCGAGAUGGAAACGGCUUCAUCUCCAAGCAGGAGCUUGGCAUGGCCAUGCGCUCCCUAGGGUACAUGCCCAGCGAAGUGGAGUUAGCCAUCAUCAUGCAGAGACUGGACAUGGACGGAGAUGGACAAGUAGAUUUUGACGAGUUUAUGACGAUACUGGGCCCCAAGCUUCUGUCUUCCGACACACGGGAAGGCUUCCUCGGACAGACGAUAGAUAGCAUAUUCUGGCAGUUUGAUAUGCAGCGAAUAACGCUGGAGGAGCUCAAGCACAUCCUGUUCCACGCCUUCCGGGAUCAUCUCACGAUGAAGGACAUCGAAAACAUCAUCAUCAACGAGGAGGAGAGCCUGAAUGAGAAUUCGGGGAACUGCCAGACAGAGUUCGAGGGAGUCCACCCCAAAAAGAAGAACCGGCAGACGUGCGUGCGGAAGAGCCUGAUCUGUGCUUUCGCCAUGGCCUUCAUCAUCAGCGUCAUGCUCAUCGCGGCCAAUCAGAUGCUGCGUAACGGCAUGGAGUAGCGGCACCACUGUGAGCAGGGCGGGGGCGGAGCCUGCAUGUGCAUGUCCGUCUGUGACGUCAUUUCCUUUUGCCUAAAAAAAACAAUAACGAACGACUUGAACCUGCGAAAACUCUCUCUAUCAAAGGAAACCAAACACCUCGCUGAACGAACAGAGGAGAGUUCCUUUCUUCCCCUUCUUUCCACAGUGUUUCUUUUACUUUCCUUUUCUUUUCUCUGUUGUUGUCUCAAGUGACAGCCAGCAGGGGGCAGUGCUUUGCCGAGCCCCCUUCACCACACUGGCAGGGACUUUAAAGGGCUGACUUUUGCUUUUCGAUUCUUCGCCGCCUCCCCACAACAUCCCCCCCCCCCAUGCCACCAACCUCUGUUCCCUUAAUGCAAUAACAUACUGGAGCCUGCAAGCACCUCUCCAACCUGUCCAAUCCACGGCUCCGAUUUUCAGCAGGGAUCCGCUGAUGAGCUGCUAUUAGCGAGAGUUAUGGAUGUUCGUUUCACACUUAGCAGAGAGGAGCUGCGACGUCUGCCCAAAUAGCCUUUUAAUGCUUUAUUUUUGGUUAUUUAUUUUUUUUGGACGUUGAGGGAAGAGAUGAGAUACACUUGUUUUGUUAGAUAAUCACUUCUCAUCACUUCUGUUCUUCACUUCUGUUUGGGGGAGCCUUGACCCGCAACGGAAGAUGAUUCGCUUGCAUAGCAUUACACCAUGUUCCAAGUUAUUAUGCAAGUGAUAUUUUUCAGUCAGUAUAUUUCUAUAUCAUGACCCCAUAAGUAUAAAUCCAGUUUUAUUGAACAAACCUUCCAAUGAUAAGAGUAAUACAAAUAAAUAAUAAAAAUAAAAACUCAAAAUGCACUGUUCCAUAUUAUUAAACAGGCCACAGGUUCCAAAAUCUCUGCUGCUGAAAAGCAUGAAAUGAUGCAGUACCGUGGACAAGGAAUGAAAGCAUUGGAUAUUUCACAAAAAACUGAAGUGUGAUCAUCAUACUGUGAAGAGAUUUGUGACUAAUUCAGAGCACAGACGGGUUUGUACAGAUGAAGGUAAAAUUAGCAAGGUUUCUGCCAGACAAAUUCAUUGAAUUAAGAGAGCAGCACAGUUAGUUGAAGCUACUUGUCACUCUGGAGUCUCGCAAACCUCAAGGUGUAGGAUCCUCCACCCCUAAACAGAGCUCACAAGCAGAAACGGUUGCAGUGGAGCCCAGACAUACAUGAAGACUAAUUUCCAAACAGUCUUGUUUACUGAUGAGUGUCAUACAACACUGGAUGGUCCGGAUGAAUGGAGUAGUGGAUGCCCAACUGUCCAAAAUCUCACAAGCUCAAUCGAUGCAAGAAUUGUGUAGGAGAUAUCAAAGAAGGGGUCCUUUUAUAUGUCACAUUUUAUAUGGCUUUAAAACCUAUGAAAUGUUUUGAAAAUGCAUUUGUUUAAUAAAAUUAGAUUUAUCCUUAAUGGGUCAUGGCUUGAAAUACUGAUUUUCAUUUGCCUCAACCAUUUAGGAAAAUCUGAGAAAAAUAUCCCUCGCAUAACAAAUUGGAACACGGUGUAUGUUGGCGGUAUCAAAACAUGGACUAGUUUGAGUGUUGGGUUCCCAAACAUUGGGUUUCUUAACCAUCAAGUCCUCUAAACUAGAGCUAAACUGACGGAUGCCAUGUUCUGUUCACCCUGAAUCCCAACACACCUGGAAUACUUUUUUUAGAACAUACUUGUGAAUACCUGGAACAGGUGUACUGGAAGUUUGGCUCGAGCUGGUUAUAUCUAAGGAUUGAGGUGACAGGCUCUGGGCUAAAUACUGUAAGCAUGAUGAACAUGAUGAAGCUCAGGACAUUCUACCCCUUAUGUAUUAUGAACUAUUUAUUGAUGAGGCAGGACAGGAGCAGAGCAGGCUUUUUGAUUUUUUUUUUUAUUAUACUGUAUUUACUAUGUGUAUGUGAUUAAGGCUAUGUUUACAUCACAGGUUUAUUUUCUUUAUUUAUGUAGAUUUACAAAUCUGAUUCUUUCAGUAAAUGUGAACUCGCUGGACAUCUUUGCAAUACCAGCAUGCAGUUCUCUACCAAGAACCAGUGCCCUUUUCCCUCUAUAAAAACCCUUUCCAAUGUGGAGGAGAUCUGUGCAAGUGCAGUAGCCAAAACUAGUAGAAAAAUCACAGGGACUAGAAUUGAACACUAAGGAACAGUUGUUUGUCUGUUCGCAUGGACAAUUUGAGCCAGAUUCUGCUGGUCACAAUCAUUACCAACCACAGUGCUGUCCAUCGUGGGUGGUAUUGCCUACUAUAAGUAUUCCUGGUACACACGUGACAUGACACUGUGGCUCAAUUCGUGUUAUAUAAAUACCUUCAUAAAUUCAGAAAGUACACAGGUGUGGGCGUUCCCAAGCCAUCCCUGGUGUCCCAUGAUUUUUGGCUUUUCAGUGUAACCGAGCAAUAAGCCUUGUAAUGUGAACAUAGCCUGAGACUGAAGACUCUAGCUUUGGGUUUUAUGAGCAGUUUUGGUCGGUAUUGUCCCUCUAGGAACACAACUAUUAAUUUCUGCACGUGGUUUUGGUCCUUUUAAGCCAUUUCCUUAAUGUUUCCAGAUCCAAGCCCCCCAGUGUCAUCACUCCACCCUCAGCCCCGUACCCUCAUCCUGCAUCUUCUGUUCUUCUGCUCUCAUCUUUACACACCAAACCCUUAGCAGCCAUUACAGUGAUGUUUCAUUCUCAGGCCAUCAUCCUGACGUUGCACGUUGCUCUGUAGUGUCACAGUGUGUUUCAGGCUUGUCUCCAGCUGUACCGCUCAGACAUACAUGGCUGUAACUGUGUCGAGUCUCUGGGAUCUUCUGGUUCUUUCACAGCCAUAAAUAUGUGACCGUAUUUCAUGAGCUAUGUUCAGACUGCAGGCUGUAAACUGGAUGUGUUUCUUCAAUCAGAUCUGUUGAGAUGACUGUCUGUACUGUUUUUUGAAGGCUUAGGUGCUCUUCUUGGACCACAGAAGUAUGUAAGGGUGUUCCAAGUGGUCCAGUGGUCCAUAGUGCUGCCACUAUGAUCUGAAGUUUGCUGGUUAAAAUCCAGCUCGUGCUGCUCGCUCAGCCAUCAGCAGCCAGAGUCUGAGAGAGAGAACAACUGGUAUACAAAAAUUUGUACGUAGCUGGGCGUGGUGGUCUGUAUUGAUAUCUUGGCAGCGAAAAACACAGGUGCACCACUGACUGAAUAAAACCCUGACAACAGUCAUCAGUCAGACGUUCAUUCAGACGUUAUCUUGGCAACACAGGCCCGUCCCCAACUUGCAUGCACCCCCUUAUUACACACACAAGGAUGCACAGCAGUGCACAAACCCAACAUUUACAUCAAUAACAUUGAUGUUCCUGUAAAUGAGAUGCCGGCGCACCUUUACAGCGUGAACGAGCAGAUCAUUUUUCUCUGCUGAGAAGUAUUGGGCACAUCCAGGUAGCUGCACCAUUAAAAUAGCAAUUUGCCAAAGUAAGAGCGCACCUGUCUCUUAAAGGGAAAGGGAAGUGACACGCUAAUUGGUUUAUUUUAUGCAUUGUACCCAAAACACACCCAUAAUUAAUUAGAAGAAUUAGUCUAUUGUGUCAAUUGUGCGUUUUGAGCCAUGCAAGGUGUACGAAAGCAAAGAUAUAAGUCAGGCCCUAAGUAAGGUGCCUGGUUGGUUUAUAGAUCACUAAAAUAGGGCCCUUUAUGUGGUUUCUGGUUGUCCAUAUUGUAAACCUGUAAAUCUGGAUUAAAUCUUAAUACACCAAAAGUCUGAUUUUAUGUAGUUUCUGACUUUCUAGACUUUCAAAACUCAAUCUGGAUUCAAUUUAGAUUUGACUGUAAUUUGAUUCCAUGUGGUUCCUGACUUUCUAGAGUAUCAAAAAUCUUUCUGGAUUAAAUAUUUUUACACCAGAAAUUGUAGAGAUUGUAUGUGGAUUCUGGUUGUCCUGAGUUUUAAAAAUCAAACCCAGUUUUCCAGUGGACUGAGGUGCUGCCACUAUGAUCUGAAGAUUACUGGUUCGAAUCCAUCUGCCAUCAGCAGCCGGAGUCUGAGAGAGCACAGCUGGUGUUCAAAUGUUUUUACUCUGAUGGGCGUGGUGGUCUGGAAAUGAGGUGCGUUCAGGUAAAUUUUAGGUGUUUUGCAAAAAUCAAACUGUGUACAAUCUAGAUAUACCAAAGCAGUCUGAACAUAGCCAUCUCAUAUUCUGUCUGAUAACUACACAGAUUCCCCAGAACCACUGCAGAAUUGUGUUUUGGAUUGAGACAAAUAGAAAUGUCACCCGAAUCACAGCAGCUUCUCUGCUACGUGAAUUUACGCGACUCCAGUCAUCAGAGCUUCAACAGUUAGGACAGUUCUGUGCCUGAUACAGCUCAGUUCAUUGUUUAUUUUGUUGUUGUUGUUUUUAAUCACAAGAUGAUCUUUCUCUCUGUCCUUUGGGCUCCUGAAUGAGCCUGUCCUAUGAUGCUCCUCAUGUUCCUCAGCUUCUCCUCAUGUUUUCAUGAAGGACUGCUCUCCCUGAAUGCAUGUGAUCUUGUAGAAGUGUGUAAAUAGGUGUCUGUGUUAGGAGAUUUCUGUAUGUGUGUAUGUUUGUAUGUAUAUGCAUGACGGUCUAUAGGUCGGUACAGUCGGUACAGACGGAGUGUUGGCAGGCGUAGAGGAGGCGGCUGAAUCCAAUACACGUUCGCCAGCUCUCAGCUCCUCCUGCAGCCUCUGACUAAAGCCAUAUUAGUCUGCACAGACUACCGUACCGAAAGAACACAGCCGUGCGUUUUCUACUCCUUUAACAGCGAGAACUACUGUUAGGUUGUGUGGAGGGACGACGUUCACCCACUCCCUCCUCCUCCUUUUGCACUGAAAUGCUCAUCCUCAUGUACAUAGAAAGACUAAAAGAAAGAGAGAGAGAGAAAGAUGGAGAUAGAGGGAGGAGGGAUCCACACGCUAGUACAAUGUCUCCACCUGGUGGUGCAGGUAUGAAUGGAUCUUAACUAACAAGGAUUUCCAAGGCAUUUAUCCCCCAUGUUGUCUUUUUUCUUUGUCUGAAGCAGAUUUUACACGUUAGCUCGUAGCAUUCGAUUACACGAAACCCAGGGGGAGUAAACAGGGCACUGUACCAUAUGUGUUUGCAUAUGUCGGAAUAUUUUGUUUACCACAUCAUUAGCUGUGGGCUAAAUGUACAUACACUCUAGUCUUGAUCUAGAACAUUUUGAUCAAUAUUUUUUUGGAUUAGCAUUGAUUUAGAUUAAUUGCUUGAUUAAUUUUUACAUUUUAGAUGAUCUUUACUGAAAACGGAACUGAAAACGUUUUGUUUUUUUUCAGACAUUCUCAUCAUUUCUCUGUGUGAAAAUGUUUGAGGGACAUGAUUAAAUGAGGAAAAGGAGAUGAAAAACUGAGCCAAUGACUCAUAUAAUGACAAUAAUAUUUACAGUAAUAAUGAUAAUAAUAAUAAUAAUAAUAAUAAUAGUGAUUUAAAAUGUUGCAAGAAAAAAAAGCAAGCUGUUCUACAGACCUCUAAGAUGCUUUGCAUGCAGAGUCCUUUUCAAAUCACACAAUAGCAAUUUAUGUUAUUUAGGUCAUUAUUGAGGUCUUGUCUCUUUAAUUCAAUAAUUACAAGUUGUCCAGGCUCGGAGUCAGCCAAGCAACAUUAAACCUUGAUGCUCCCUCCACCAUGCUUCACAGUUCCGAUGAGGUUUUGGUGUUAGUGUCUUUUUGUCUGUCUGUAGAACAUCUUCUCAGAGAGAAGAGAACCCUUUGCAAGUACCAUGAUUUCAUAGUGGCUACUAAUUAAUGUGGUCUGGUCAUUAUCAAAGUCACAGUUAUAGACAAAUACGAAUCUAAUUAAUUAUAUAAUAACGCUGAGAGUGCUGUCGUCUUCAUGCCUUUUAUUGAGUAAACAGAGUAAGCAUCCACAGCACAGGCUAGAUAAAGUGAAUAAGCAAACUCUUUAAAAGUACCUUCAAAGUUCCUGUAAUGAUUGUUAUCUGUCUGUUAUCGAGGUCACAAUUACAGACAAACACAACCUGCACAAUUAAUAUCAUACAAAAAGCUGUACUUCCUUGUCUUCUAGUGAGCACAUGAAGCAAAUAUCUGCAUUGCAGGCUAGAAAAAAUAAGUGAAUCUCUAGAUCCGCCUUUAGUAGCAACCCAACAAACAAUUUAUGGUUAGUAUAAUGUUUUCUGAAUGUUACAGUUAGCGUCCUUUGGCGUUCUAUCUGUGAAGUUUUUUUUUGAUGUUCUCAGAAUGUUUUUAUUUAACGUUAUUAAACGUUCUGGUAACGUUGAUGCAACUUCACUUGUGUAAAUGUUUUAAACUUUUAGUUUUGGAAAUGUCACUCUUAAUCUUUCCAUAAGGAGGUCAGUUAUUAGUUUCUAGCUGGGAAUGUUAUCUAAGAAAUGUUCUAAUGUCCUAAUGCAAAUAAUUUUUAUAUCACAUGUCAGAAUGUUCGUGGAACAUUAUUUCUGUAGUGUUACAGGCAAAACCUUCCUGGAACCUUUUCACAACAUUGCUAGAUGUUUUUAGAAUGCUCUCUGUUAGCUGGGAAUUAUGUCCUCCAAAGAUUUCCUGUACCUACAGAAAUUAUUUUCACAUUUACGCUCAGUUUAAUCGUUCAUUUAAUCAGCUGAACUAAAAUAUAAGAACUUCAUAAAUAAAACAAUAAAUAUUAAAUGGUAAGAGCAUUAGAAAAACAAACCAACAAUAAAAUAUUUAAUUAAGAAAAAAUUAAAUAGUUCAGAAUAAAAGGAUACGUGGACAGGCAAAAUGUGGUGCUGCCACUGUGAUCUGAAGAUUGCUAAUUCAAAUCCAUCUUGUGCUGCUCGGCCAUCAGCAGCCGGAGUCUGAGAGAGCACAGUUUGUAUUCAAAUGUUUUUACUCCGACGAUCGUUGUGGUCUGGAAAGAAAUUACAGGUGUUGCAAAAAUCAAACUGUGUACAAUCUAGAUAUGCCAAAGCAGUCUGAACAUAGCCAUCUCAUAUUCUGUCUGAUAACUACACAGAUUCCCCAGAACCACUGCAGAAUUGUAUUUUGAAUUGAGGCAAAUAGAAAUGUCCUCCAAAGAUUUCCUGUACCUGCAGAAAUUAUUUUCAUAUUUACACUUUUUCAUAUUUACACAUUUAAUCGUUCAUUUAAUCAGCUGAACUAAAAUAUAAGAACUUCAUAAAUAAAACAAUAAAUAUUAAAUGGUAAGAGCAUUAGAAAAACAAACCAACAAUAAAAUAUUUAAUUAAGAAAAAAUUAAAUAGUUCAGAAUAAAAGGAUACGUGGACAGGCAAAAUGUAAUGCAAAAAACAAUGAAAUAAAUAGAAUAGAAUAAUACAAUAUAAACGCAAAUAAAGAAAUAAAAGACUAAAAAAUGAGUAGCUUAAGUAGCACUACAAUUAUGAAGAAAGUAAGUGAGAGAAAUAAAAUACAACUCAAAAUAUAAGAUAGAAUAAAUAAAAUAACAAAAUAAAUUAAAUAAAAAGAGAAUAAAAUAAAUAAAAGGAUAAAAUGAACAAAAUAAAUAAGAAGGCUAAAAGGUAAAACAGACAAAUUCAAAUAAAACAGUUAUAAUCUGUCUGAAGGUUGUUAGAAACUUUAUGAUAUGACAGUGACUUGGAAUAUUUUCAGUCCACAUUUGUGGUAUUAUUAUUAUUAUGGUAGUUCCAAAGGGUUGCAACAGUUUCUUGCAAUUUUAACAGAUUUUUUUUAAUGGGAAUAUGUUUGUGGAACAGCAUGUGGUUUGAUAUUUGACUGCUGCAUUAGGAAAUGUGUAGAAUCACUGAAUUGCCGAAAAUGAAUCCACAGCACUCACCUACACCCCACCAAAUACCAACAAAAAAUUUGCAUGCAGUAUCUAGCCAGAUAGAAUUUAGAUGAUAGAAAUUCUUAUACAAUGCCCUAGAUUAUUCUGUAAAUAUAAAAACCUGUAUAGAAAAAUGCAUUUAUGCAAUAAAGGAUUUUUUAUAAUAUC